UGUCAGUUUUAAUUAUAAAAAAUUAAUAUCUAUCAAGAUAACAAGUCAGGAAAGACCAACAUGGCUGAGGGCCGACAGGGAUGGACUCUCAUGCUGAUGUGCAUCUGCAUUUGCGUCACCCUGGGCAGCGUCAUUCCCGUUGGCUACGCAUUUGGAGUCAUCAAUGCCCCAGCGGCGUUUAUAAGAAAAUGGGUGGAAGGUUCCUUCCAAAGACGAUACUCCUCUUCUCCGGGCGAAUCUCAGCUCACGGCUGUUAUGGCCACCGUGGUGUCCAUGUUCGUGAUAGGGGGCACAUUGGGCACCCCCUUCGCUCCAAUGUUCAAUUCGUGGCUGGGUCGCCGUAACUGCCUGGUGCUCAGUGGCGUUAUCAUGGUGGUGGCCGCUCUUUUGCAGAUGGGCUGCAAGCUACUUGACUCCAUUGAGAUGCUGAUGGUGGGCCGGCUGCUAGGUGGUAUAGCUGCCGCCCUGGUCUACGCCACGCAACCGAUGUACCUCGUGGAACUGGCACCCGCGGAGCUAAGCGGCAGUGUGGGCGUAUUCACCUGCAUCGGCAUCACUGGCGGCAUUGUGGUGGGCCAGAUCUUUAGCUUUGACUUUGCUUUGGGCACCGACAGUCUCUGGCCUUAUGCUCUGGCCGGAUCGGGUAUCUUUGUCGUCCUUGGACUUGUGACUAUUGUGUUCUUCCCGGAAAGUCCCCGGUUCCUGAUCGCCAAGGGCAGGAAGGAGCAGGCCAAGAGCGCUCUGAUGCGGCUGCGUGGCGAUGAGGCUCGGGUCAAUAUGGAGCUGGCCCAGAUUGAGGCUGCCGCCAAUUCCGAGGGUCCUCUUACCAUGAAGCAGGUGAUCUGCGAAAAGAAGUACUUGCUGCCACUAUUCAUAGUGGGUUCUUUUCAUUUCGUCCAGCAAAUGAGUGGAAUCAACGCGAUCUGGUUCUAUUCCGUGGGCAUAUUUACUGAUGCCGGGUUCACUCUCCAAGUGGCCCUUUGGUUAAACUUUAUCGAGGGUUUCCUCAAUUUUGUAGUCGCCCUAAUGGGUCCCUUUCUAAUGGCCAGAUUCAACCGAAGAAUAAUGAUGAUGUUGUCUUGUUUGGGAUCAUACAUCUUCCUUACACUGCUCGUUGUGGGUCUGAUAUUUAUGAAAUCCUUCAAGGAAGCAUCCUAUGGCUGCAUUGCUUUUUUGUCCUUGUAUAUCAUUGCCUUCAACCUGGCUCUGGGACCUUUGCCGUAUUUCAUUGGUGCAGAGAUCUUCGAGUCGGCUCCACGUCCUGCCGGGAUGGCGUUCGGCAGCUUCUUCAAUUGGCUGGCUAAUGUCAUCCUGAGCAUGGGCUUCCCCAGUGUCAACGAAGCAAUCGGACCAUAUGCCUUCUUGUUUUGUGCUUUUAUCUGCAUCUGUGGUUUCUUCAUAACCCUCUGCUACUUGCCAGAGACAAGGAAUCGACAGCCGCAGGAAGUGGCUCCCUUGAUGGAGAACGGCUUCAAAUCCAAAGUAAAGUCUUCCCCAUAGUGGCCUUUUUAGAGGG